CUCCGAUCAGUCGUCUCCAAUUCGUUGAAACGUUCGAAUUAUGUUGAAGAUUAUUUCUUUGUUGCUCGUUUACGCAUUUACUGCGACUUAUUGUGCAAAUAUCCUUGGUGUGACAACUCUGAUCUCGCACAGCCAUCAUCUAUGGAAUGAGAAAUUGACAGAAGGAUUGUUGAAGAAUGGACACAACGUGACGCUGUUGUCACACGAUAUGGCCAGAAUCAAGCACAUCAAUUAUACGGUCCUCCACCUUGAAGGUGGAUACAAAAAAAUUCGCGAACUAUACAAUUAUGAGGAAAGCUUAUUUCGACCGGAAACCAUAGACAUCCCUAAUUUCUGGAAAAUGCUUGGUAUAGUUUGCGCUCACGACUUAUCUACGGAGGGCCUAAAAACCCUAAUGAAAUACCCGGAAGACUACAAAUUUGAUUUGAUUAUUUGGGAUUUAAUUGGCGGCGAAUGCCUUUACCCGUUAAUUAAACGCUUCGGAAAUCCACCGGUCGUUGGGGUAUCGCCGUUCGGAUUACAACCUUACAUCAGUUCCAUGAUGGGAAGUCAUUAUUUCAAUUACAUCCCGUUUUACGGUGCAUCAUACUCGGAUCGAACUAUGUCCUUCUGGGACCGUCUCAGGAAUACAUUUUCCAUAAACUACCUUAACUACCUGAGGAUAAUCUCUCAUUUACCGAAGAUGCAGAUGUUAGCAAACGACCAUUUCGGAAGCUCUCUCACAGAACCACCGAUGGAAGUUGAAAGGAAUUUUUCUUUAGCAUUGGUGAACAGCGAUGCUAUCUUUAAUUUUCCGGAAGCCUUUCCGCCGAACAUAAUAUCCGUUGCAGGUUUGCACAUCAAACCGGCUAAGCCAAUUCAGAAGGACUUGAGGAAAAUUUUCGACACAUCUCGCGGUAUUAUACUUUUCUCUCUGGGUUCUAACAUCCAAGCAGAAUCUCUUAAGAAAAAUAUGAUGGAUCAUUUUAAUCGCUGCUUCGAAACGCUUCCGUAUACCGUCAUUAUGAAAUUCAAUAAUACAAUUCCCAGAGAGUUUCCGCAGAAUGUAAUUGUCAGGCCUUGGUUACAAAUCAACGAUAUUUUGGGCCAUCCUAAAACAAAACUAUUUAUUUCGCAUGGAGGUUCUUUGAGCACGCAGGAAGCCAUGUACCAUGGCGUGCCGAUAGUUGGAAUACCAUUCUUUGUUGAUCAAAUUGGAAACAUUGCUAAACUGGUGGACAGGAAAAUCGCCGAGAAGCUGGAAAUCGACAAGCUUUCGCCGGAGCAUAUCUGUCACAAGAUCACGACCGUCCUUGAAAAUUCUACGUAUUAUGAGAACGCGCAAUUAAUUUCGAAAAGAGUCAAAGAUCAUCAGAAUACCCCUUUGCAGAGGGCCGUCUUUUGGAUAGAAUACAUUCUAAGGCACGGGGAUGGGGAACAUCUAAGUUUGGCGACCAGAGAUAUGUUUACAUUUCAGACGCUCAACAUUGAUAUAUUUGUCUUUGUUGUCGUCGUAAUUGCAACCGCACUAGUACUAAUUAUCUUAUGCUACGUCAUCUUUCAGAAGCAGAGAAUCAAAUUUAAGGUCGACUGAAUAUACUUUACAUCUAAUCUAUAUGUAAUUAUAAUUAAAUAGUAAAACGUUUAGCUCCAUUUCGAAUUAUUUAUAGUUAUAGGCAAUAAUA